AGUCCUUUUUUUUUUAUCUUUUUUUUUUUUACGGUGUAGCUCUUAACUUAAUCUAAAAAUAACACAUUUUUAGUUAAAAGGUUUGCAUGAUGUUUCAUGGGCCUUUAAUAAUUAGGUCUUCACUUUCGUGCCCCUUGAUUAUCCAAAAGAGAAAAAGUUAUCUUAAACUUGUGUCGCAUCCCAGAUCUCUUCUUUUAGCAAAGGAGUUUCGUUUGUACUUGGAAGGUAUAGUAUCAUCUUUGACAAAGCAUAAUUUCACUUUCAUAAAAUGUGAUCCACUUUUUAGUACAUUUCACAUAAUUUAUGUUCAUGUGCAUUAAACAUAAUUAUCUGGAAGAGUACUGCGUAUAAUACUCAAUAUGUUAAUAAACAUGCUCAACAUCGUUUAUUGCCAGUAGAUUUUAGGUCACCCCAGCUUUGACUACCACGAUCAGCUUCGAAGUAGAGAUUGACGAUGGUGGUUGGCCCGGACCGUGCCUUGACGGCAUGACUAAAGAGAGACACGAGCAGCGGUGGCUUCUAUGGCCAUGAUCCGGCGUUGAUCGGGCAAGGAACGGUGAUGUCGCCGUCGAGGUGAAGGCAGUAUGCGGGCCGGCGGGGCUGGUGGCGGAUCAAUGAGGAGAUGGUGACUCAAUGCGAGAGAGAGAGGAAAGAGACCGAAGGGUGUUUCUUGUGGGUCUUGGCUUCAUUGCCCGGCAAUAGCAUUAGCCUCUCCCAAUAAAAGAAAUGACAUCCUAAACUUCACUCUCCAUAUCAAUAAGCCCCCGUCACAUUUAAAUUUACAACUAACAUCCUCACAUUUUACAUUUGGAUCUAAAGUUGCAUCUCUCAUCUAUACGUGGUUACGUCUUUAAAUCGUCAAUUUCACCGCAUUAAUCUAUUUAACUAGGAAACGCAUUUAUUUCUUUAAAGGAUAACUGCAAAAUUGAAAUUAACAUGAAAAAAAUUAAGAAAAUGUGUGUAAUAUCCCUAUUAAGUUAAGAAAACAUUAAAAAUAUUUUGAUUCUCGUCUAAUAUGUGGUUGUCAUACUAUCAAAUUCGCAACUUUAUGAACCCAAAAAUUUUAAAUUUGCUCUCAUCAAAUCAUUUAGAAACUCACUUUUUUCCUCAAAUUCUCAGUCAAAGUAACACGUCCUCCUUUAUUUUCCAUAUAUUUCUUAAUUCCUCCUUUUUUAGUCAUAAAUAAUUACCUUGAAAUGGUAAAUUUGGGUUGAUGGAAGUAAAACAACCGCCAAUUGAAACGAACGGUUGGGAGCCGAACCCGCCAAGAAAAGCGGCGGUUAGGCCUCUCCUUACCGUCCGCAGCCCGCUCUUCGCGGUCGAUCCCUCGUUUCGCCACCCCAUGGAAACACCACCGUCCGUCGCGAGAGCUUUCCACAGGUCGCGCCACCCGUGGGCUUCGCGUUUCUGUCCUCCAUUUUACGGACAAAGCUUAGGGAAGAAGCAGAAGAAGAAGGAGAAGAAGAUGAGCGUCAUCGACAUCCGGUUCAGGGUCGACGCCAUUUGCAAGAAGUUCGACAAGUAUGACGUCGAGAAGCAGCGCGACCGCAAUGCCCACGGCGACGACGCCUUCGCUCGCCUCUACUCUGCGGUCGAAUCUGACCUCGAUGCCGCCCUCGAGAAAUCCCAGAGGGCGGCAGUGGAGACGAACAGGGCUUCCUCGGCGGCACUGAACGCAGAGGUCCGGAGGACGAAGGCCCGGUUGAUGGAGGAGAUCGCUAAGCUGUACAAGUUGGCUCAAAAGAAGGUUAAAGGGCUGUCUAAAGAUGACCAAAUGACUCGGAAUGAUCUGGUUCUUGCACUACAAGAAAGGGUUCAAGCCAUACCUGAUGGGACCAUUGCACCGCACAAACAAUCUGGAGGAUGGUCCGCUUCGACAUCUCGUGAGAACAUCAAGUUUGACUCUUCAGAUGGACAUUUACAGGAUGGUUUCUUCCAACAAACUGAAGAAGCAAGCCAGUUUAGGCAUGAAUAUGAAAUGCGCAAGAUGAAACAGGAUGAAGGUCUUGAUGUGAUAUCAGAAGGAUUAGAUACGCUGAAGGAUCUGGCCCAUGAUAUGAAUGAGGAGUUGGAUAGACAAGUUCCUUUAGUGGAUGAAAUCGAUAAUAAGGUGGACAGAGCAGCAUCUGAUCUUAAAAAUACGAAUGUCAGACUUAAGGAGACUCUGUUCAAGAUAAGAUCCAGCCGAAACUUCUGCAUCGACAUUAUUCUCCUUUGCGUUAUCCUGGGCAUUGUUUCUUAUUUAUAUAAUGCACUGAGAUGAUUUAAGAGGACAAGGAUAGCAGGUCGUUUGAUCUCACACGUAUGGUAAUAUAUGUUUAUGAAGACAAGCUUACUAAUUAGAGUUGUGGUAUAUUUGUCACAGAAGACCAUACGCUGCCAUAUCUUUUGCAUAUUCAACUUCUGGGUUUACCAAAUCCAGGAUCUCACCAUUCAAGUAACAGACCUCUGACUCUGUGGGGCAUAUGGAUUUUGUGCAGUAAAUUUUCAGUUGAAGCCACUAUAUGAAAGAGCGAUUCUGAUUUUUAUCACUGGCUAUGAUGUCUGUCCUUUCUAAGGAAGCGGGCAAUGCAGUCAUGUUAACUUAUGCUGAAUUGGUUCACAGCAUAUGUAGCACCUUUGGUGAUAGCACUUUUUUCUGCAAGAGAAGCAUGAAGACAAGCUAACAUCGAGGUUGAUUACAACUUAUGAUGUAAAUUGCUUCAGGAGAGUUCAUCAUUGCAUUUCUUACUUGUUGGCGUGAACUUUGUGAACCUAUGAUACAUUGAGACAUCAAAAGUUGUGAUUCAGUUAAUAUACAUAUAAACGAGUAUUUAUAG